AUGGCAGGAGGAAUCUUCAACAACUUGGGCAGUCUGUGUAAAGUGGAUUGUGCUAAUGUUCACCCCUUGGUGUGUCACCUGUGCCAUGAGCAGUACCAGUCCCCAUGUUUAUUGGACUGCUACCACAUCUUUUGUGCCCGCUGCUUGAGAGGUCGGACUAUUGACAAUCGCCUCAGCUGCCCCCUCUGUGGAUACCCAUCUAUAGUAAAAGGGAAUAAUAGCCUCCCACCAGAGGACCGUCUUCUGAAGUUUCUUGUUGACAACAAUGCAGAUGCUGAGGAGGCGGUGCAGUGUGCCAAUUGUGACCAGGAAAGCAACAAAAAGGACACAGGGGUGAUGUACUACUGUAACACUUGCAGCCAGCCAUUGUGCGCCACCUGCAGGGAGCUGACACACAAGGCCAGAAUGUUUUCCCACCAUGAGAUUGUGUCCUUGGCCAAACGCACCAAAGCCAAACACAGGAAAUGCUCUCUCCACGAGGAACCUUACAUCCUAUUCUCUACAGAGAAUAAGUCUAUGCUUUGCAUCAAAUGCUUCAGGGACAUGCAAGUGGAGAGUCGGAGUCACUGCAUUGAUAUUGAAACUGCUUACGUGCAGGGGUGUGAGAUGUUGGACCAGGCUGUGCUGGUGGUAAAGGAACUGCAAACUUCAACUGGAGAGGCGAUCCUUCUGCUGAGAGCUAUGCUAGGAGAAGUGUGUCUGAACGUGGAGGAAGAAGAGAACGCAAUCUGCAGUCUGUUCAACAGUUUGCAGGAAAAACUAGAAGAGAGGAAGAAGAUCCUGUUAAAAGCAGCUCAAAGCCAACAUGAGGAGAAGGAGAAAGCACUGAAGGAGCAACUGUCACACCUUACUGCACUCCUACCUACCCUCCAGGUCCACCUUGUCACCUGUUCAGCCUUCCUCAGCUCGGCUAACAAGUUUGAGUUUUUGGAUAUGGGCUAUCAACUCAUGGAGAGGCUGAAGAGGAUUGUGAAGCUCCCUCAUCGACUGAAACCAGUGCAGAGCAGCAAAAUCAACACAGAGUACAGAAGUGAGUUUGCUCGCUGUCUAGAGCCUCUGCUGCAGAUAGGACCACGCUGCCCUCCUUCUGUCACUGGUUCCACAAGUGCUGCAAUACGGCUCCAGUCCCCUCUCUCUGUGUCUUGUCGCUCCCCGUCGCUCAGUGAGAUGCCCCUGGGCUCGGCGUUUGGGCGAAGGCCCACCUCUCACCGCAACAUCUGCACUAAGGUUCUUUUGGCCGAGGGCAGGGAAACACCCUUCACCGAGCACUGCCGCAAUUAUGAGAACGCCUACAGGUCUCUGCAGACAGAGAUGCAGAAUCUGAAGGACCAGGUCCAGGAGCUGCACAGAGAUUUGACCAAGCACCACUCCAUCAUCAACACAGAUAAAAUGGGGGAGAUCCUGGACAGAUCGCUACACAUUGACAGUCAGAUAGCUGCCCAGUACUCCACAGUAGAAACUAUGAGAGUCAUGUUUGAAGAGAUGUGGGAUGAGACUUUUCAGAGGGUCACGAAUGAGCAGGAGAUCUAUGAAGCCCAGCUUCAGGACCUGAUGCAGCUGAAGCAGGAGAACUCUUACCUCACCACCAUCGCUAGACAGAUCAGCCCCUACAUCCUGUCCAUUGCUAAAGUGAAAGAGAGACUUGAGCCCAGGUUUCAAGGGCCCAAAGAGCACCUUGAUGACCGCACUGAGACGAUGCUAAAAAUCUAUGAAGACAGCACAAUGACAAAAGACUGUCAAGACAGUGACAACCAGACUUGUGUCAAAGACAGAGACAAGAACAGCCGCCCACUGAUGCUCGAGGAGAAUCCUGUCAAGACCCGCCGUACAGGCAGGCAGAGGGGCCCCACAGAGGCGUCCAGCGGCAAUGAGAUGCCUUCAUAAACACCAACUCAUUGCACCAGCGUGCUUUAAUUCAGCCAUAACAAGCACAGGAUGGGAUGUGACUCCCAUGGCUGUCCACACCAUGACAUUUUCUCAGCAGCAGGAAGCUGUCAACAGCUCCAAGGUGAGCGCUGGGAUUGACACUAACUGGAUGUACACGGAGGCCAAGGACUCACACCUGUCAGAGCCUGACUUACAGGACCUCCUUAUUCAAUGUGGACAAAUACAACAAUAUCAUAAAGAGCUGUCAUGGGAUUCAUUAACAAAAGUGAAUAAGGUGACGUUUCUGGAUUGCCUUUUGUUGCUCUGUUUGUGUUUUUGCUGUUAGAAUGAUGAGUACACUGAGACUGUGAAUUAUCGCUCUGUCUGGUUUUUUUUACAGUGUGUGGAAUUGCUUUUUCUGGUAUCUAUUCUUUGCAUAAAACAUUUCCUGUGGAGGCUGAUGAUGGAUGACUGCCUGGGUCCGAUUACCCAGAAGACCGUUGAACCGGCGUGACAGCACAGAUGAAACACAGCAAAUGCAAUGAUGUGUGUCAUUCUUGGUGUCAGCUGAGGUCACAUGUUGAUGUGUGUCAUGUGCAUCAUCUCGUGUAUCGGCGUAACGUAAAAUGGGGCAGUCUAUUCCAGGAUUGUGUGUGGAGCUUUUUUUGCCUGCAGUUUCAACAUCCACAUGCAAAAAGCAGGAGAGCUGUAAUGGCAGAGGUGUGUGAAUGUUACUGGCCUUGCCUUAACCUCCAUCUCCUGCUAGCUUUUUCCAACAUCAUACUCAUCCCCAAUAUGCCAGCCAACUAAGGCUUUCUGUACUGCUGCAUGAAAUAUAUUCCUCUUGGUUUGCCUCUGGACUUCA